AAAAAACACGCUUUUACAAUGUCCACCAUGGUGUCCUAAUGACGCGAUACGGAAUUUAAUUGGCUCAAAGUUUUAUUUAAAGCAAUAGGAAUGACCUUUGACCUCCCUUUUCUCUUUCUUUUCUCUUUUCUUUCCUUUUGAUUCAAUCAUUAAGCAGAUGGAUUUACAGUUUGACUUUCUAUCACCUUCAACAAACGAUUUCAAUAUACCUUCAACCAUAUUGUCACCACUUGAAAACAAAUCAGAUCCAUACUUGACAAAUAAUGAUAUAAUGAAUGCAUCAAAUGAUAUCAUGGAAAAGAAAAGAUACUCAUUAUCAUCAACCCCCUUAAAAAAUGACUUUUACGCCAUUCACCAUCCACAUCACACUCCAAAUGAUAAAGAAAACUUGCCACUACAUGACAAUCACAAGAAUCUAAAAAGACAAUCUCCAGAAAUAGAAGCUGCUUCACCUUGUACAUUAACAGCUGAGCGAUUAAAACGUAUGAAACUACAAUCUGCGAAGACACCUCCGAAUAAUCAACAAGAAGAACAACAUCAACUAUUCAGUACUUGCAAGGGAUUGUGGCCAAGUUCGCCAUCACUGGGAGACCUUAGUCACGAUAAUAUUACUGCGCUUAGCAAUCUUUUAAAAGUUCGUCUCAUACAAGGAAAAUUCAAAAUGAUGACCAAUAUGAACCCAAACGACGAACUCUAUACCCUAUUUGCACAAGAUCGAGUGUUGCCUAACAAACUAAGAUACUCGUAUAGAAUAUCAUUAUCACCCAAACGAACAAAAUCAGUUCUCUCAGUCAUAGGCAAUGGAAGAAACCUGUCAACAGGAAAGAACAAUCAAGUAUAUCAGUCACUCGCCAAGGAUCUCAGCGUACCAUCAUUACCAUCUAUCACAGGAAAUGAUCUACUCGUUUCCCCUACGAGGCCACAGCAACAAGUGCAACAACAGCAACCAUCUAAAAAGAAAAACAAAACACCUAAGUCAAUACAGAAGCUUAACCGUACACCUGUAAAGUCACCAUAUGCCAUGGCAAACUCACCACGUACACCGGCAAAGACACCUAAUACCCCCAGAAAAAGAACAAUCUUGGACGCUCCUACGGUCAUCACACCUGAUGGUAAACGAUACUUUCUCUGUGAACCAUGUAAUAAAAAAUACAAGAAUCGAAAUGGCCUCACGUAUCAUUUGGAAAGGUGUAAAAAUAAUGGUCCAUAUACUAAAGAGGAGGAUGAACUGCAGAGUCAGCAGAGCCAACAGAGUCAAAGCACAGUAAAUACAAAUAUAUCACAACAAAACGAUACCUCAGCGACACCUAUGCAGGAUGUGGCAGUAACCACACCUUUGAAUGACAUAAUGACUACGCCAUUGAACGAAAAUACACCAAUUGCUCCUCUGUUUGAAGAAAAUAAGGAUGAGCCGUUACUAGAAGAAUUUGAUUUAUUUGAUAGUAUUAAUAGCUCGUUUGACGAAGACAUGCUUAGCAGCUUACAGAAUUCAAACUUGGGAUUUAGUCCACCUGUAGAUGAAUUGUACAAUUUUUUUUGAUAUAGCUCUUUAUUGGAAUAAAGUUUCUUCGUGCUUUCUCUUUGUUUUAACCGUUCCCGGCUUGGUUUGUGCGUCCGGAUGUAUGGCUAACUCAUGAGGUACUCUUGAAAUGCUUGACUUGGCAAGCAUCUGACGAAGAUCAUACAUAACUUCAGAGUCCCUACUUGAUAAAAAGGUAAUGGCAACACCAGAUUUACCAGCACGACCCGUACGACCGAUACGAUGGGUGUAAUCUAUAGUAACAUUAGAAUAAAUACACAUACAGAAACGGAA